AUUUUUCCUUUCUUUCUUUUAUAGACGUCAACUGGAUGAGUUUUAAUUUUACGAAAAUCAUAUUUUUAUACGGAUCAAUGCCGGAUCAAUUGUACAAGUUAAAAUGAACCGUUUUAUCUUUAUUUUCUAUUUCUAAAAGUUACCAUAACCAAUUUUAAAACCUUGAUUGUAUAUUUGCUGAGUUGAGACAGAUGAGAUAUAGGUUCUAGCCUAGCUUGUCUAAACUUCAAAUUAGUUUUCCCACCUCUUAUUUGUUUAGUUUUAACAGGAUUAAAUUCCAGCACUACAUCUUUCAGUCUCAAAAGUUAGAUUAAACCAUAUCAUUUCCAGCAUUAUUAGAAUUGACUGUUAUAUUUUAAUACUGUUCCCUGAAAAGAUGUGUUCAAUCAUGAAACUAAAAUAAUAUUAAGUUUUGUAAUCUUUGUAAUCAUGGAACUAUUAUGUUUUGUCCACGUUUUCUUUAAUUUAUUAAAUUUAAGUAACUGCAUUUCAAGAACGUUAUGCAGUGUCCUAUUCACAAUCCAACUUUUUACCGCCCUAUCCAAGUAACAAUGAGGAAGAAAACGUUGUUUGUUCCUCAUAGCGAGGUGCUUUCCCCGUCCCAAUAUAUGUAACUUUAAAAGGGAAAUCAAAAUUGAAAGAAAAAAAAUUUAUCUUAUUCAUCCUUGAUCAGACAAAAGUUAAAAGAAUCUUGGUUUGUUUGAGCACCUACGUUUGAAUACUGAUGAACUUGUUUUCAUCUAAUAUUUUUAGGAACAAUUUUAUGCACUAUUUCUAUUGUAUAAAGUUCUAGAAUCAAGAUGUCUAAUGUAGCUCAGGUAUCAAGAAUCAAUGUGUCUAAUACAGCUCCGGUUCAAGGUGAAUCUCUGAUGAAUACUGAAACCUGGGCUCAACACUUCCCUACCACAAUUAACACGGAGCAGAAACUGUUGACUACAGCCUUGUCGAGUUUAACUUAUAUCAGAGGCCUCCUGCCGGAGCACUGUUAUGCAAACAGGAAGAUGGAUGAAAUACCUAUAAAGGUAUUGCUUGCUAAUACUGAUCAUCCUAUUGCCAAAGCACUGGCUACAUGUCUGGAGGGGACUUUUGAGGCGCUGGAGAAGAAGUAUUUGAAAGAGUUCUUCUUCAUUAUCUUCUUAGACAAGGAUGACCCUGAUGGUUCCGUAUAUGAAAUGUACAACUUCAGUUUUAGUUACAGUGAUGGAGUGACUAGUAUGCACGGGACUUCAAACAAAGCCGGGAUGAAGUAUGAGAACAAGAUAUACAACUCAACCCGUCUUCUACUCAGGAAUCUUUGCUUUUUAACUCAAACAUUCGAACCUGUUCCAGACGAGGCUUACCUGACCGUCAAGUUGACCUACCACGAGAAUACUCCGGACGAAUAUGAACCUCCAGGAUUCAGUCCUUCAGGUACCCUUCUUAUACAUUCUUAUUCAUUCUUAUACAUUCUUAUUCGUUGCAAAGCUACAGAUUAUUAA